CCACCCCACGAAGAAGGUUCAGAGUCUCACGAACUCGCUCAGCCAUCUAACAAUCACUUCAAUGGCGACAUCACCUGCUCUAUCUCAUGCCUCCCAUUUCUUCAUUCGGUCUACACUCAUGGCUUCUUCCAAAUCACUCGCUUUCUUCUUUCCACUUUCAAACCUCAACCAUCUCCACAGAUUUCCCAAUUCACUUUCUCUCUUAUCGCUCCGCAGAUCCUCGACCACUUCCACCCCAUUCCCUCUCCAAUACGAUAUGAUCAUCAACCAUCCCAUUUAUCCUCCCAUGCCCCCUCAGAACCGACGAACACCCCCCAGAAUCAGCUCCGACAACUCUCCCGAGCUCGAGUCCUCCGAGGAUCCCGUUUCCGAAUUGGGGUUCGAGAGCUGGGUGGACCAGAAGCUUAUAUCCGAGAGUGAAUCUGCGUCCGGUAAAGAAGGCGUGGUCAUGGACAAGGCUAAGAGGAAAUACUAUAAUAAAAGAAGGAGGAGAAUGUAUGGGUCCGAUUCUGAUGAAGAUAAGAAGACACAGGACGAAGGGUUUGUGGAAUUAAAGCCUGAAGUGGUUGAGUUUAACACAUUGCAUAAGAGAGAGGAGGAAUUGUUCUUCUAUGACACUUUUGCGUAUCCGUGGGAGAAAGAUAAGCAUUACAAAAUGGUGUAUCAGUUAGAGAAAAAGUAUUUUCCUGAUGAAGGUCUUGACAAGGCUUUUCUGGGACCUGGAGAGUCAAAUGUGGAAGUGAAUGAACAGACAAAGGGAAGGAAGGGGGUGAGAAAGGCAGUGGGGGUUAAGCCCGAGACGAAAGUGGAGGUCACAAAUGGCGUGGAUGAAAAAGGGUUAGUUUUCUUUGAUGGGGGGAGACCAGAAAAGGAUAAUAAAGGGUCGGUGAAAGAUGUGACAGAAAAGAAGGUGGAGGAGUUCUUCAAGUGUUUGAAGAAAGUUCCAGCCAAAGAUUCUGAAAUUGGUCAGACGGAGCCAUAUCUUUUGACGAGACAUACAGAGCUCCCUGCCAAAUGGGAUAGUCCUUGUGGGACAGUGGUUUUGGUGAACAAACCUAAAGGGUGGACUUCAUUUACGGUGUGUGGAAAACUCCGGCGCCUAGUCAAAGUGAAAAAGGUAGGUCAUGCAGGUACUCUUGAUCCUAUGGCUACUGGAUUGUUGAUAGUUUGUGUUGGUAAAGCGACUAAGUUGGCAGACAGAUAUCAAGGUAUGAUCAAGAGCUACAGUGGAGUUUUCCGUUUGGGAGAGGCUACUUCAACUUGGGAUGCUGAUUCAGCGGUAAUUCAGCGAGAGCCUUGGGAGCACAUCAAAGAUGAUGACAUAAAAAAAGCUGCUGCCUCUUUUUGUGGGGAAAUUUGGCAAGUUCCUCCCAUGUUUUCUGCCAUUAAAGUCGGAGGUGAGAAGAUGUAUGAGAAAGCAAGAAGAGGAGAAAGUAUUGAGCUUUCCCCUAGGCGGAUAUCAAUUUACAAAUUUGAUAUUGAACGUAGUUUAGAUGACAGGCAAAAUUUGAUAUUUCGAGUAACAUGCUCUAAAGGAACAUACAUUCGGUCACUUUGUGCGGAUCUUGGGAAGGUUCUUGGCAGUUGUGCCCAUCUGACUGCUCUUCGAAGGGAUUCAAUAGGGGAAUAUCUAGCAGAUGAUGCCUGGGAAUUCAAAGAGUUGGAAGAUGCGAUUACCAAAGCUUACUUUUAGCUUUAAGGAUCUCUCAUCAUGAGGGUCCAUAUUAAGCACCCCUUCACAGACAUUUCUAUGACUCAUCUGGUUUCUGCACCAUCUUCUGAUUAAAGAAAGACGGACCAUGAGAUGAAAGGAAAGGAGAUAAGUCUGUUGGUUUGUCGUAUUUAGGGGAAAGAGUUGUUGUGCAUGGAGAAAAUAAUGAGGUAAUUUCAAUCUAUUGUUUUCUU